AUGGCGGAGAACGCUACUGGCGGCGUGAAAGGGCCUCUCUCGGAGGGUUGCGGGCUAACCUUGCGACCGACGCAGCGCAGCGAUAUCAGCGUCGAGAGACCAACCGCGUUGCAAUCUACGGGAGCCGCCUUUCUUUGCGACUCCCGCGAGGGCGGCGACGCACUUAGCUCCGCGGCGCCUCCUCAGCUGCGGGUCCGCUCGAUCAAGACCCUGGGCACCGCCGACGCGGACGUGCUGCGCCUGGAGCAGCAGAGCAUCUUCAACGUCUCGAACCUCCUCGAGAAGGCGAAGGCCGCGCGGGAGCGGCGCGAGGCGGCGGGCAUCUCGGACAGCGUCGAGGUGCGGCAGGACCGCGAGGCCCCCCCCUUCGACACGCGCCUCGUGGGCAAGUGGCUGGAGGUGUGCUGGCCAUACAAGGAGGAGGGUAGGACGGUCAAGAUCUGGGCCGCCGGCAGGGUGAAGCGCGUCGCGGACGGCCUCACCGACAAGAGGAGCCCGCGCGCACGCAAGAUCCUCCCGGCCGGCAUGCUGCUCUGGGCGUGGGACGCCGACCCCGAGUACGACGAGCCGGCGGGGGAGAGAUGGAUCGCCUUUCUUCCCGAGAAGUGGAACAAACCCGUCUCAUAUGGGUGGCGGCUCGAUCCCCGCGAGCUGGGCGCCACCGGCCCGCCCCGCACGCCGCUCAUUGAAGAGGAGGAGGAGGAGGAGGCGCCGCGCGCGCGCCGGUGA